UCCUCACUCCACCACCAACACAACAACCACUAUCACCACCACCACCCAUUCACUAUCACCACCACCACCCAUUCACUAUCACCACCACCCCAUUCACUCGCUCGACGACAAAAGCAACCACCACCACCACCAGCAUCACAUCCACUCCACCCUAUCUUCGACCGCAUCCUAAUUGAUAAGACAUACACGCGCGCACGCAGCACACACGCAGCACACACGCACGCACGCCUCCACACACUCGUUCAUAAUGACGGAUAUAGACAGUCUAUUCAAGAAACCGGCACUCCCGAGCUCGUCGUUCUCGGCGUCUUCCAAUACCUCCAAGAAGCGCAAGCUCGCUCCGCAGCACGAUCCAGUCGCUGCCUACAAGUCCGCCCGGCUCGACACGACAGGGUCAAGGUCGGCACAUGCGGCCGACGCUCCCGACGAGGACGACGAGGAGGCGGGUCCGGCUCCUCCGGAGGAUGCGUCGUCGUCGCUGCCCUCGGACUUCUUUGACGCGCCGGGAGAAGAUGAGGAGGGCGGUAGGUUCUUUGGCGGCGGCGUGAACGAGAAGCAGGCGGAGAUCCUGGACUACGUGGAUGCGCAGGAGAAGGAGAGCGGCAUCUCGGAGCCCGAAAAGAUCAAUGCCGCCUGGCUAAGAAAGAAGGCGCUGGGGUUCGAGAGGUUGAUCAGUAAGAAUGCGGAGAUGCGCGGGAAGUUUGAGGAUGAGCCGCAUAAGUUCAUGGCUAGCGAGGAGGAAUUGGAUACCGAAAUCAAGACGUUUUCGAUAUUGUCCGAGCACCCGGAGUUGUUCGAGGAGUUCCGGAAGCUGGGCACAUUAGGGUCACUGGUCCGGCUGUUGGCGCACGAGAAUACGGAUGUUGCCAUUGAUGUGGUUGAGGUCAUCAGCGAGCUUACAGACGACGAGGUCGAGGCGGAGCCUGAUCAGUGGAAUUCGCUCGUUGAUGGGAUGGUGGAGGAAGCAUUGCUGGAAAUGCUAUCGCAGAAUCUGUCGCGAUUGAACGAAAGCAACGACAGUGAUCGCAGUGGAGUUUAUCACACGCUCAGUGUCUUCGAGAAUCUAGCCUCUCAACCCUCGCUGGCCGAAACGAUGGUCAGGGAAACCAACAUCUUCCCAUGGCUUCUCAAGCGCAUCCAAGUGCGCGAGUCUCCACUUUCGCAGAACAAACAGUACGCAGCAGAGCUGCUCGCCAUUCUCCUCCAGACGGCGCAAGCGAAUCGAGUUCGGCUGACGGAGCUCAACGGUGUCGACCUGUUCCUUCAAUUGCUGUCUCCGUAUCGGAAACGCGAUCCUGUCAAGGGUGGAGAUGAGGAGGAGUUUGUCGAAAACGUGUUUGAUUGUCUUACAUGCGUCGUUGACGAGGCUGAGGGCAAGCGCAAGUUUGUGGAAGCCGAGGGCGUGGAGCUGGCUCUCAUCAUGCUGCGAGAGGGAAAGAUGAGCAAGCCGAGGGCUCUUCGGUUACUCGAUCACGCUAUCAGCUCGGUACAGAACGCGGAGGUGGCAAUGCGGAUCGUAUCAGCAGCGGGCCUCAAAACGCUGUUCGGUAUGUUCAUGAAGAAGCAAGACACCCGAACAACCGAGCACCUCCUCGGCAUAUUUGCGAGCAUGCUGCGAUUACUGCCGGCCGAUUCGGCAGUCAGGAUACGGACACUCGCGAAAUUCGUUGAGAGCGACUACGCCAAGAUUGCGCGGCUGGUGCAGAUCCGGCAGGACUACGCGGCUCGGCUCGGGAAAGUCGAGAGGGAGAUUGAUGAGCAGAGGAAGGGACUCCCGCAGGACGAGAGGGAAGAUAUGAAGGAGGAGUGGCUGUCGCGCAGGUUGGACGCGGGGCUGUUUGGAAUACAGAUGACGGAUCUCAUCCUGGCAUGGAUGUGUGCCGAGGAUGGCGGGGCGAAGAACAAGAUUGAGAGUCUGCUCGAGGGACAGAAGUUGGGGUUGCAGAGCAUACGGAAAACACUACGAGAAUCGGUUGUUCUAAUGGGCGACGAAGACCUUGAUGCCGACCAGCAAGAAACGAAGGACAUGCUGACGACGUUGAUUACGUUUGUAUAACUACUACCU